UAAGAAUAUAUGACUCGUAGUAAUUACACUGAAUAUAAACAUGAUUUGUUGUCUACAAUUUCAUUUGACGAUCAUAGACUUCAAAAACAUCUUAAAUCUUUAAACGAAGACUUUAUAAGAAGUAAAGACCAUAAUGUAAAUUUUGAGAAUUCGUUUAAUUAUGAAACUAUGAAGCACAUUACUUCAUUAAUGCAUCACAUUGAUCAAAUCAAAGCUGAACUCAAGGAACUCGAAGAAUUUAUUUCAGAAUUAAAAGAAAAGGAAGAUGAAUUUUUAAGUACAGCAUUAUUGGAAAAAGAAAAACUGAAUACUCGCAUUGAACAUUUAAAAAAUGAAAUUUUAGAUCUUCUUAUACCUACAGAUGUAGUUGAUGACAAAGAUAUACUUAUGGAAUUGUCUCCUGGAGUUGGUGGACAAGAAGCAAUGUUGUUUACAAAAGAUAUGUUCGAUAUGUAUUGUCACUUUGCAGAUUGGAAAGGAUGGAACUAUGAAAUUCUAAAAUAUGAUGCAACUGGUAUAGGUGGCCUAAGAAGUGCUCAUAUCAGUGUAACAGGUCCUAAUGCUUUUAAAAUCUUGAAAUAUGAAUGUGGCGUCCACAGAGUUCAAAGAGUGCCUAAAACAGAGAAAGCAGGUAGAAUUCACACCAGUACUAUGACAGUGGCUGUACUUCCUCAACCUACAGAAAUUGACAUUGUAAUAAAUCCAAGAGAUCUUGAAUUUGAGUACAAGCAUUCUAGUGGAGCAGGAGGUCAGAAUGUGAAUAAAACAGAGAGCUGUGUAAGAAUAACUCACAAACCAUCUGGUAUAGUUGUAGAAAACCAAAUGGAACGUAGUCAACAGAAAAACAAAGAAAUGGCAUUAAGGACACUACGAGCAAAAUUGUAUGAGAGGGAACUCGAAAACAUACUGAAAGAAACGACUUCUAACCGUAAAUUACAGGUAGGUAUUGGAAAUAUUAUUUUGCUCUU